GUCGGUAUGGAACGGAGAGACCGGCUGCUGCUGCUGGAUAUAACGGGCCUGGAGGAGCCUCAGCGGGGUCUCCGUGUGCUAGAAUGGCUCCGGUACUUGAGGGCAGUGCUGCCCGUCACACCCCGGGCCGAAAUAAAGGAAAACCAGAAGCAGUUGAUUGAGCAGUUGACAUUGAUAAUGACAGGAUCCCCUGGUCCUCCAGCACGUCGACUACUGGCUCACAACCUGGCUGUGAUCUAUAGCUCCGGAGACACCUUCUCCGUAUAUGAGACCAUUGAUCGCUGUAAUGAGCUGAUACGCAGCAAGGAUGACUCUCCCAGUUACCUUCCCAGCAAACUUGCUGCUGUGGCUUGUCUUGGAGCUUUGUACCAGAAACUGGGUCGUCUGCUGGGAAGUACCUUCAGUGACACGGUGUCCAAUCUGCUGAAAGUUCUACGUAAUGCAGAGUCUCAGGGCCGCUUUGAGAUUAUGUUAAGCCUGGAGCAUAUUGUAACUGGCCUAGGACCAUCAGCUGCACCCUGUCAUCGUGACAUUUACAAGGCCGCCCGAUCAUGCCUCACUGAACGCUCAAUGUCUGUACGCUGUGCAACUGCUCAGUGCCUCCUAGCUCUCCAGAAUGAAGCAACCUUCAUGUGGACCUCUGACCUAGAAAGUUUGGUUUCUCUUUGCUUCAAGGCUUUUGAAGGCAGCAGUUAUGAAGUUCGCCUGGGGGUCUCCAAACUGCUGGGGAAAGUAUUAGCCAGAGCAGUGCAAGGCUCAAAUUCUCCAAAACAGAGCUUGCGUAAACUUUCCCUCCAGGAUGCUCUUGGCCUACUUUCCACAGGAUUCCUGCGUGGAAACUCUAGCUUCCUACGUUCCGGUUCAGACCUGUUGGGGGGAGCCACCUCUACAACUCGCCAAGUACGACUUGGAGCCACACAGGCAUACAUCAUCUUUGUCAGCACACUUGGGGGCCAGUGGCUUGCCAGGAAUGUCCCUGUUCUUCUGUCACAUGUUCUCGACCUCAUGUCCCACCCAAAGGCAACUCCAAACCCUGCUGAAGCUGCGUGCGCCAGGCGCUGUACAUCAUACAUUCUCCGAGCCACACUGGGAGAGCUCCUUGGAGAGAAGGCCCAAUUGGCAGCUGCUCGUGAAAUAUGUGAGGUGAUCCGGAAGGUCAUGAAGACUGUAGAUGCAGUUCUGAGUGACAGUAACCAAGAAACACGAUACAGUACUACUGAUGUCUCUGCAAGUCAGCAUGUUUUGGUGUGUACUUUACAAGAAUUUGGGGAUCUUACACUAGGACUAGGGACCAUUGCAGCACCCUUGCUGCGUGACCCCAGUGCCGGUGUUCUGGACACUGUGAUCUCUGUGAUACUUCAUCCGAGUAUCAGUGCUCGCCUGGCUGCGGCUUGGUGCCUUCGUUGUAUUGUUGUGUCUCUGCCGUCACUGGCUGCCCCUCUUCUGGACCGUUGCACUGAACGUCUUUCUGCACUGAAAUCCUCCCCGGACGCAGUGAGCGGGUAUAGCCUGGCAAUAGCUGCAAUACUUGGGUCCAUCAGACUUUGCCACCUUGGUGUGCCACAUGGUAAAGGCAAGGUAAUAAUGUCCCUGGCAGAAGAUUUGCUUUGUUCUGCUUCACAGAACAGCCGUCUUUCCACCCAGAGGACUCAGGCUGGCUGGCUCCUUAUUGCAUCCCUCAUGACUUUAGGUCCUGCCAUGGUUCGUCCUCAUCUUGGUCGACUGUUUCUUCUCUGGCGCAGUGUAUUUCCUCUGACACCCAAGGACCUACAUACAGAACUUAGUAGAGGCGAUGCCUUCACUUGGCAGGUUACACUAGAGGGACGAUCUGGAGCACUCAGUGCAAUACAAAGCUUAGUGACUUACUGCGGAGAGCUGUUAAAUGAUGAUGUUUUGAGUAGGCUUCUGCCUCCCCUUCCGUGUGCUGUGGCUCUGCUUACAUGGCUCCCAUCACUCCAGAAGACGUAUGGAAGCCCUUUGAAGGCAUGUUCCGUUCUUUACAGACAGAGGCUUUACCAGCUGCUGGUUUUACUGCCACCCAAGACUUAUGAAGGAAAUUUUUGUAUUGUCAUGAAAGAACUGGUUGCUGAUCUGACCUCCCCGGAUUACAACCCUGGGGGAGCCGCCUUUCUCUUGCCAUCACUUUGUCAUCAAGAUGACUUAAAUCUUCUGGGACCCUUGUUGCAAGAUACUGACCAUCGUGGUAUUGAAGAGCAGCUCCUCCUUAGUAGUGGCAUUCCCGGUGGAGGUUUGGAAUAUGAUAUUCAUGCCAUAUAUCAGAUGUCCCACGAAAGAGAAUCUGCACCAACCCCACUCCCUUCAGCAUUCACUGUCAUCCAGUCCGCUGCUUCGCUGUUUGGCGUUCUGUUAUCACACAUGCCAGAGUCACAGAGGCCUCAGAUACUGGGGCAGUUGUUGGAUGCCAUUAAACAGACGAAAGGCUCUCGUCAGCAGAGCGUUCAGCUAUCUGCCCUGUCUGCACUCAGCUGCUUCCUCAAGCACUUAUCAUCCAAUCGGAAUAGUUUGGAAUCGGAGGAAGCCCGGAUACCAUGUCUCUGUUUGAUUAUGGGAGCCUUGGAGAGCAACAGCCCAUGGCUACGCUGUGCGGCGGUAGAAGCCAUGGCCAGAUUGGCACAAGUAGCAGCUGAUGCUGGAUAUACUGCUGGGCUAGCACAAGCCAGCUUUGACAAGCUAAAGACUGCAAGAGAUGUGGUGGCUAGGACAGGCCACUCUCUUGCACUGGGAUCCUUACACAGAUACUUAGGAGGACUCACAUCUGCUCUGCACUUAGCCUCCUGUGUUAGUGUCUUGCAUUCACUCUCCCAGGACACCACUUCUCCGGAGGUCCAGAACUGGGCUCUGUAUUCCCUUUCCAUCAUUAUUGAUUCCUCUGGACCUCUGUACCAUGUUCAUGUAGAAGCCACCUUUAACCUACUCCUCACUGGGUUACUAACCACGUCCCUGUCACAAUCCGAGGUUCAUCGAAGCCUGGGUCGCUGUCUGAGUGCCCUCUUGAACACACUUGGUCCAGAACUCCAAGGCAGCGGGGAUGUAGUAGCCUCUCAAAGAAAUGCCUGUCUGUUGGCUUGCUCUGUGAUGCAGGAGAACCCCGACUGUUUGGUCCAAGCCCAGGGCAUCUCCUGUCUGCAGCAGCUUCACAUGUUUGCUCCAAAGCAUGUCAACCUGUCCAGCUUGGUUCCCACCCUAUGUGAGGUCUUGGUGGAUAAUUCUAUGGUGGUUCACUUGUGCAGUCCCCACUUACACCUGCGCAGAGCGGUCUUGGCCUGUCUACGACAACUUGCCCAAAGGGAAGCGGCAGAGGUGUCAGAACACGCCAUGACAAUGGUCAAGGAUGGGCAGGAGGACUUUAAUAUGGAUGUGAAUAUGAGGGAGCUCGGUCUGGAAGGAGUCUUAUUGAGCCUCUUGGAUAAAGAAAGUGACAGUCAGCUAUUGCGAGAUGUGAAGGAGACACUGCUGCACAUGCAGAACUGCACAGGUCUUGCUCGCCUCUCUUUCUGGAUUCGGCUGCAUAAGGAUAUCCUUUCUGCAUCUGCAGAUUUUGCAGCGGUGACCUCCGUAGACACGACCCAAGAGGAAGAAGGUGAUCGAGGAUGGGCUGACUCUGUGUUAACCUCUCAGACAGAGGAGGUGCUGACCUCAUCAGUCAGCCCUCGCUGGCGCACUCGGAUUUUUUCUAUGGAGUGCGUUUGUCUGCUGAUUGCUCAAUGUGAAGCAGUUGGAGGAACGCACUUCAACAUGGCUCUGGCUCAAGAAUUGAAAGAUAAAGAACCUGACAGGGACUUCUUGGUGCUGCACUUGCAGGAUCUGAUCCGCAUGUCCUUCAUGGCUGCCACAGAUCACAGCGAACAACUGCGACUAGUUGGACUUCAGGCUCUGCUCCUUAUCAUCCAACGUUUUUCUGCUGUGCCGGAGCCUGAAUUCCCUGGACACCUAAUCCUAGAACAGUACCAAGCCAAUGUGGUAGCAGCUGUAAGACCAGCCUUUAAUGCAGACACCCCACCUGAUGUCACUGCCAAGGCUUGCCAGGUGUGCAGUGCCUGGCUGGCCUCCGGGGUGGUGAAGGAUCCUGCAGACCUGCAUAGGGUUCAGCAGCUGCUAUUGUCCUCACUGAGCCGCAUACAGGUGGUGAAAGAAACCCCGAGUGUCUACAGUGAAAGUACUUCUACAAUGGAGGCUCUGGCAGUCCUGAAAGCCUGGGCAGAGAUCUACAUCGCAGCCAUGGAAAAGAUAACGGCCCAGGGCGCCGUUGGUGAAGCCACUUCUGAAGUGUUAAUGCCUCGGGUUCAGGCUGAUAUUUCCACUCUCAGUCGGUUGUGGCUGGCUAUUUUGCAAGAUCAUGCUUUGCUCACAUUGCCCACGGAGUGCUCCAAACAGCUGCCUGUCCAGGGUGGAUCUUUCUAUACAGCCGAGACCAGCAAUGCAGCAAGACCUCAUUACCUCUGUUCCUGGGCACCUAUUCUUCAUGCAUCAUCUCUCUGGUUAAGCAACUGUGGAUUCCUCCUUUCAGACCAGGAUGAAGGAAGUUGUCACCUGUCUCGUCCAGUCACCCCCACCUCUAUAGGUCAGGAAGACUGCUCAAAAAAUCAAGCCAAGUCCCCAGAGGAUCUGAACUCUGAAAGGUUCCAUCUUAUUCUUGGAAUUUGUGUUGAGUUUCUUUGCUGCCCACCUGUGGACGCUCCCAUAGAGCGAAUCACUGCCUGCCUGCGUGCCCUUAGAGCACUACUGAUUGUGGCCUGGCCUCGGACUCGGAUUGGGGCUGAUCCGAACCUGGCCAUUGAAUUGAUCUCUGUACUGCACCGCUUGCUUGUAAUGCGAGAGUCUCCAGAGGUGCAACACCUGGUGCUGGAGGUUGGGAGGCAGAUCCUGAGUGCAGCACAGGAGCACGUGAAGGAGAGGAGGCGGAGUGCAGAAGUGGACGAUGGCGCUGAGGAAAAGGAAACCUUGCCGGUUUUUGGAGAAGGUCAUGAUACUGGUGGUUUGGUUCCUGGACAGUCUUUGGUACUUGCUGCUUUGGAGUUGUGCCUUUGUAUGCUUGUCCGACAGUUACCCCAACUGAGUCCGCGUCUCUCCGGGGGAUCAAAAGGGAGUGUGGUCAAAGCACAGAGUCUGUCACAUGAUGCAAGUCUCCUAGUUUCGGAUUCAUUGGCGAUCUUGGCAGAGCUACCUUCCCUCUGCUCCCCAGAAGGCAGUGUGUCUGUCCUCCCCACUCUGCUUUACCUUGUUGUGGGAGUAUUGAAGAUCACGGCCGAGAAUCUUCCCGAAGGACGACUGCCACUGACUGUAACCUCUGCUUUGCAAGCUCUAAAAGUAAUCGUGUCUUCACCCAUGUCCAGAGUAGAGAAAACCAGAGCUUCGUGGAACAGCCUCCUGCGUAGCGCAGCCAUCUCUUUGCUUCAGGCCUGGGAUUCAGGGCAUGAGGUGGCCCUGGAUUCUAUCAGCCUGCUUACUGCUCUCACUGUAUUCCUGCUGUCAGCAAAUCCCGAGGUGCUCGCUGAGCCAGACCUUCAAAGUGCCUGUUUGCAAAGAUUUAGCCGCAGUAUCGACAGCAAAGAUCCCAAUGAGCAGUUAAAGUGUUACCGGCUACUUCUGUCCAUAUUCCAGCAUCCUGCAUCAGAUGCUGUUGCCCCAUACGUGUGUAAUCUGGCUCCACGUGUUGUGCGUCACCUGAGCCAUGCAGAGAGCAGGAAACCACAAAGUCUGGCAGAGUUAAUGGUCUUACAGGAAGGAGUGCACCUUAUGCAGGCACUUAUAGCAGCCAGCGAGGAACAGAAUCGUCCUUCUAUGAUCUCGGUGCUUCUCCACCUCCUGGUUUCCUUUCUGUUGGACGAAAACACCCUCUGCUCUACACCACCCUACUCCAAGGCACUACAUGAUUUUAGCCUGCAAAGCCUGACCCAAUUUGGCACUCUUCAUCCAGACCAGUUUCGACUGUUUAUGGGGACCUUCCCUGCUCUACGCUCUCGUGUAGAAGCUGCCCUACGAGGAAACCAAGAGAGUAUCAAGCCGAAGAUAACUGCCUCUAACCCGAAGAGUGGAGGACACGGCUCCCCAAGCAUCCAGCUGAAGACCAACUUCUUGUGAGGGCCAAUUCUUCCUGUGACUUUUCACUGGAUGGACAAGGUCCUUUCUCUUCUCUGCAGCCUUAAAGUCAGUUUACAGUUUGUUUAAACUAAACUCUUCAUUGUCACAGGGAUUUGCAGCUCUAGAAUGAGAUGGAGAUCACUCUUUCAAUGAAGGUUUUAAAUGAUUGCCUUUUAGACUCCGUACUACUUCAAUACUAUUCUACGCAGCGGUAAUGUCACAGAUGCCUUAUAGGGUUGACUUGAUAACAUUUUUCUGCAAACCUAUUGCCACUCUGUCUUGCUAACUUUGUUGUAGUGAGAAGCUUUGCUGGGUGAUCGCAGUGGAUGUCAAA